UUCCUUGCUAAAUGCUUCCGUUAGGUCUAAAGUAAACAUUUGUAUUUGACAAAAGAUUCAACAUGGCUGUCGAGUGUGUUGUCAAAAAUGCAGCAAAAUCAUGUGGAGAAGGCCCCCAUUGGGAUGACGCCACCAAUACGCUUUUGUACGUAGAUGCAGUAGAAAAAACUAUUCACAGAUAUCAACCUGGAACAAAAACGGACGAAGGUUUUUAUACGGAAGACAUAGUAACAUUUGUGGUUCCUGCCAGAAGAGGAGGGUUCAUUGCUGCGGUGGGAUGUUGUCUAGUUCAUCUUGACUGGGACACCAAAAAAGUGAUCAAACUUCAAGAGUCGGAUCAAAAACUACAGUUCAAUGACGGUAAAUGUGAUCCCCAGGGGAGGGUCUGGGCAGGAACGGUCGGUCCGAUUGCUUCUGAUCUUGAAAAUAUGCCUAGAAUUGGAAGCUUAUAUCGAUUAGAUUUGGAUGGCAGUUUACAUGCAAUGGCCAGAGAUAUCGGUAUUUCUAACGGUCUUGCGUGGUCAUCAGACGAGAAAUUUAUGUUUCACAUCGACUCAAUACCACGCAAAGUCUAUCGUUACGAUUUUGACACAUCCACGGGAAAUAUAUCCAACCAGAGAGUGGCUGUUGACAUGGAGGGUAAAUCCGUGGAAGAUUAUGGUUAUCCUGACGGUAUGACAAUGGACGCUGAGGACAAACUCUGGGUAGCUUGUUUCUUGGCUGGAAAAGUCGCUAGAUACGAUCCAGAAACGGGACAACGACUUCAGUGCAUUGACAUCCCGUCUGUUCUGAGGGUCACUUCCUGUUGUUUUGGCGGGAAGGGGCUAGAUGAACUUUACGUCACCACUUCAGCUUAUGGAACUGACGAGGCAAUUUCAUCAGAAGAAUUUGAGAAAUAUCCACUCUCCGGGUCUUUGUUUCGAGUUACAGGCCUGGGAGUGAAAGGUCGAAAUGCACACAUUUACGAAGGGAAAGUUGAUUAUCUAUAGAUUUUUAAUUAAAAUAAACCAAUAAGAUGAAACAACGGGGACAAUCAAAUCGCUUUUUUAGUUAUUCUAACUGUUCUUCUUUGAAAAUUAAACAAAGAAAUGAAAA